AUGACUGGACAUCCUAGCGAGGAAUUAUCAAAACAUUUACUAGAAUUUCAAUCAUUAUUUGUACGACAAGCAUAUAGAUGGAAGAGAACACAAAUGUCUUUACAUAUUGCUUCUCAUAAAUCAAUGUUAGAAGAAAUAUGGUCAUCUGCAAAUUUAUCGGAAGAAGGUGGCAAAUGGAGGAAAAUUGGAUUUGCUACUGAAGCACCAAAAUGGGAGAUACAACGUGUUGGAUAUUUAGGUCUUGAAAAUAUGCAUGGUUUUGUUAAAAAAGAUAAAGAAUAUUAUCAAAAGAUAAUAUUAGAACAAAUCAAUAGACCAGCAGAACGUCGUUGCCCAUUUGCUAAAACUUCGAUUGAAGCAACAGAAUUGUUGUGUGAUUAUUGGGAUAUUAGCACCGGAUCAUUUUUUAGAUUAUGGAAUGAAAUGGAGGCGACAUCCGAUGAUUUCCCUAAAGUAUCAGCUCUUGUUCGUAGUCAACUUAAAUUUGCUCUUAAGGAUGAAGUUACCAAACAACUUUAUGAAUUUGAAAAGGAUAUGUUAGAAGUUGAAUAUAAAGUUAUCAGAGAUAGACAAUUAAAAGAAUUGGAACUUGGUGAUGACUUAUUAAGUAAAACUCCUGUCAGAAAUCUUCGUAGUAAAUUGUAUACAGAAUCAUAUGAAUUUGUUAAACAACAAAGAAUUAAAUGUUUAUUACGCGGAGAUUGCGGUAAUCGUAGGUCUUUGUCUAGUAAAAAAUGGAGAUUCUAUAGACUUAGUCCAAACGCUAAAUUUUUACAUUACUGCGAUUUUACUGAAAAAUCUUACAUUAGAGAAGGUAUAGAAGAUUUACCAGAAAGAAAUCAAUACAAACUGAUUGAAGAAAAAUAA